GACGGUUUGUUGAGCCUGUUAGUGCCCUCAGCUGAGACUCACGCCGCCGCCAUGUCCCACUACCUGUGCCCCCCGAACACAUCUCUGUUCGUCAGGAACGUGGCGGACGACACCAGGUCUGAAGAUUUACGGCGCGAGUUUGGUCGCUAUGGUCCUAUAGUUGAUGUGUAUGUUCCGCUUGAUUUCUACACUCGCCGUCCAAGAGGAUUUGCUUAUGUUCAAUUUGAGGAUGUUCGUGAUGCUGAAGAUGCUUUACAUAAUCUGGACAGAAAAUGGAUUUGUGGACGUCAGAUUGAAAUACAGUUUGCACAGGGAGAUCGGAAGACACCAAAUCAGAUGAAAGCCAAGGAAGGGAGGAAUGUGUACAGUUCUUCACGUUAUGAUGAUUAUGACAGAUACAGGCGUUCUAGAAGCCGAAGUUAUGAAAGAAGGAGAUCAAGAAGUCGGUCUUUUGAUUACAACUAUAGAAGAUCUUAUAGUCCUAGAAACAGACCGACUGGAAGACCUCGCCGUAGCAGAAGCCAUUCCGACAAUGAUAGACCAAACUGCAGCUGGAAUACCCAGUACAGUUCUGCUUACUACACUUCAAGAAAGAUCUGAAAGCGGAAAAAGAACCAAAGAAGGGCAGUUCAAGCGACCAAAGGGUGGGUGGAAGGUGCUGCAGUAUGAAUACUGUACGAAUAUUUUGACUCUGGUCUGAAAAGAUAAAAGAAUUAUCGAAAACUACAUGGAAUAAUUGAAGUCCCUUCAAGUUUGAAAGUAAGCAUUUUAGGACAAAUAAAAGGAAGUUCAACUUUGUACUUGUGGAAACUAAUCCCUAAAUAUGAAUAGGUUUAUAUUGAUUCAUGGGUAACAGGUCCAUAAUAAAUUAUUUGAAACUAGGAUGUCUGAAUAUCAAGGAAGACAGCCAUAGUCUCUUACAGUGCCUCUAUUGGUCUGUCUCAAACUGAAUUGGGUGGGAAAAGGUAUGGUCCAAUAUAAAUUUUUUCUGGAUUCUCCUUAAAAUUCCUCUUUAGCCAUUAUUGGCAAACUUUGCCUUUGUUUAUUCUGGUGCCAGUAUUUUCUGCUUAAUCAUUUGCUUCGUUGGCAUCUGAGUAUAUUUGCUUAAAUACCACAUACAGUUGACUUCUUUAACCACUUUUUCCCACGUAGAUUCCAAUUAUACUUGACAUCCAGCUGAGGGGGCCCAUCUCUUCUCACCUCUUUCCUAAUCAGUAUGUUCAGUGAAUAUUUAUUGAGCCCUUAACAGUGGGCAAAAUAUUGUACUAAGUAAUUGGAUAGAAAAAUAGAUAAUUCCCAUAUUCAAUAAAUGUCUACUGAGCACAAUCUUGUGUAUCAUUACAUAUGGCCUCACUGUUUUGUUUGAGGUGUAUUAUUUGUAACUAUAUUACACCAUUCACAUCUUAAUGUAAUUAUAAAACCCGAUAUACUAUCAAAGAUAAGUAAUUUUGUGGUUUAUCUGCCUUUUAAAAAGUAUCCAGUAUUUGUUUGCACCCCAUUAAUAAUGAAAAAAUGUUUCAAUCUGUAAUAAACUGAUUUAUUGUGCCGUUACUGUAA